AUGCGUUUCAAUAGGCUCCUGGCCCUGCCUUUGGUAGCUGGCUCGUUCGCGAACUCUUUUCAUGUUCGAGAUGAGGAAAUACCAGUGCAAGAUAUCAAUAUCAAUAAGCAGUUCAUAAUUCAGGUCGAGCCGGGAACCGACUUGGAAGGUCUCAAGAAAGAAUUGUCCUCAAAGAACCAAGUCAAGAUCUUGAAGACCUUUGAUUCUGACGUUUUUGCUGGUGUCACCAUCGAAUCUGAUGGCUACAACGUGGAUACCUUGAACAGCAUCGAUGCAGUCAAGCAGAGCUGGCCCGUGUCAAAGGUCGAGCUCCCUCCUUUGGAGGAUCUCGCCGAGCUGGUCCAAGUCAACGAGGCAUCGAACUAUUCGAUCCACUCCUGGACUGGUGUUGACAAGGCACACGAAGCGGGUAUCCUCGGCAAGGGUGUGAAGGUCGCUAUUGUUGACACAGGCAUUGAAUACAGCCACGACGCUGUGAGUUCUCGAGAGAUCAGGAUAUGUAAUCACUGGCUCACAUAUUAUCAGCUCGGCGGCGGUUUUGGCGCCUCAUACAAAGUUUCAGGAGGCUAUGACUUAGUUGGUGACGGAAAUUGGCCGAUUGGUGCCCUCGCUCCCGACGAUGACCCCAUGGAUAAGCGAGGCCAUGGCACUCACGUUGCGGGUAUAGUAGGCGGGAAAACAGAUUGGUUCACCGGCGUGGCACCCGAGGCGGAACUGCUCGCAUACAAAGUAUUCAGCACGGACAGUAACACUUAUGACAACAUUCUUAUUGAAGCAUUUAUUAUGGCAUACGAAGCUGGCGCCGAUAUUAUCACUUGCAGUGUUGGCGCUGCAGGCGGCUGGUCCAAUGGUCCUUGGGCAACAGUUGCAUCAAACAUUGCCGAAAAAGGUGUCAUUGUGACGAUUGCCGCAUCGAAUUCUGGAUCUUAUGGCCCAUUCUAUGCAAACUCCGGCUCGUCUGGCAAGGAUGUCUUAGCUAUUGCCUCGGCAAAGGCGGGAACGCUCGCCGCCUCACCGUUUGAGCUCAAUUUGGCCUUGGAUGGGAAGACAACAACUUCUCAGGUUGGAUACCGCUACAAUUAUAACCCCUGGACGUUCAAGGGGAUGAAGAUAUAUCCCCUAUAUAACGACACCACGAGAGAUAACCAGGCGUGUACGGCCAACGACAUCCCAGAGAGUACCCCUGACCUGUCCAACGUCAUUGUGUUGAUUAAACGGGGGAAAUGCGACUACCUUGAGCAAGAAUUCAACCUGAUAUCACACAAUGUGACCCAAAUUAUGUUCUACAACAAUGAAAGCAGUCCUGAUGAUCCUAUCUCGUGGCUUUCCCGUUCCAAGGCGUUGGUGGAGAAAGAGGUCGGAGAGGCAAUUGUUGAGACAGUCAAGGCUGGCGGAGAAGCAACAGUUGACUUUCAGAAGUAUGCCGAUGCUAAAUGGUACAUGGGGUUGUAUAACGGUGUCGGAAAUCGACCUAGUUACUUCACCUCAUGGGGCGGCCUGUUCGAUAUGGAUCUUAAACCAGAUGUCGCAGCUCCUGGCGGAGAGAUUUUAAGUUCUUGGCUUGGCAACACCUGGCGUAUCGCAAGCGGCACAUCCAUGGCCACCCCAUAUGCAGCUGGAGUAGCGGCAUUGUAUUUGAGCAAAUUUGGUGGCCGAGCUACCCACGGAGCAGGAGUGUCGAAGACGUUCAACAACAAAGUAAUCACCGGAGGCUCGUCAAUGCCUUGGUCAAUUGUUGACAAGACCUAUCCAGACGAUACCGGCUUCUGGGCUCCCACCAUCCAAGCAGGAAGUGGACUGUUGAACGCAUGGAAGCUACUGACUUACACCACCACAUUAGGAUCCUCAAAGUGGCUUCUCAACGACACGGAACAUUUCACUGAGACGCACAGUGUCGAGAUCACAAAUAACGCAGACACUGAGGCUGAAUAUGAAUUCAACUUGCAACCUGCAGCAGGUGUCCAGGCCGCACCCUCAAGUGGUGUGGGAGUGGCGCUGCUCAAUCAGAUCAAACCUGUGGAAAUGGUUCCCAGCGUUAGCAUGCCCUCGGGUACGUUCAAGGUGGGAGCUGGAGAAACGAAAACAGCCGAGUUCAUUUUCGAUUAUCCACGGGGACUAGACGAGAGCAAGCAACCUCUGUACAGUGGCAAGGUCCUGAUCAGUUCCUCAUUGGGCGAGCAGCUUUCCGUUCCCUAUUUUGGGGCAGCUUAUAGUUUAAGAGAGGCUUACAAGGAUAUCUUCAUUGAGGGAACUCCUUAUAUGCGUUCACCCACUUAUGAUAUUACUCAAAAGUCCAAUUUUACAUUCGAUGUGAGAAUGGAUGGUUCUACCAAGCAAGAUUAUCCGAAAGCUUAUGCCUCCUUUGCGUUUGGAUGCGACGAGCUUCGUUGGGAUAUUUAUGAGUCCGGUUGGAAAGAGUCGAGCUGGACCUAUCCUCCUGUCGUUGGGGAGGGCGGCUACCUCGGUGCUGCAACCUCGUUCCGUGAUUCCGGAAUCAAAACGUAUUUUGAUCCGACGAAGGACGACAAAGAAAACACAGUUCCGUUCCCGAUUAGAGCCACUCCGCGCAACAUUAUAUCAGUUCCAGUCGCUGGCUAUGAUCAAUAUCGAUUUUUCUGGCUAGGAAAGCUGGCAAAUGGUUCAUACAUCAAUCCUGGUAAAUACACAUCGGAUCAAGAGAAGCGAUUAAUAAGUGGAUUUUCUAGUAUGAGAUUCGCCGCGCUGAGACCUUUGGGCGACAGGACGGUGUCGACUGACUGGGACAUCUGGGACACACCGGAGAUCACAGUUCUGCCACUGUCCGAUUAG